GCCAUUAGAGCCCGGAGGGUUCUCUCAUCUUGCAGCAACAAUUCCUGCGGUUGACACUCACGAGCUUUCUUCUAUCACAUAAACGUGUAUACAAACACAUACAGCGAGAGGUAAAGACAGGUUUCUAGGGUUUUGAGAGUGACAGACAUACAGAAACAAAGAUAUGAGUGUAUGGAACUAUGUAGUGACGGCUCAUAAGCCUACCAACGUAACCCAUUCCUGCGUCGGCAACUUUACUGGUCCGCAGGAGCUUAAUUUAAUCAUAGCGAAAUGCACUCGUAUCGAGAUCCAUUUACUCACUUCUCAAGGUUUACAGCCAAUGUUGGAUGUGCCAAUAUAUGGAAGAAUCGCCACACUUGAGCUUUUCCGCCCACACGGUGAAGCACAAGAUUUGCUUUUCAUUGCAACUGAAAGGUACAAGUUCUGUGUUCUUCAAUGGGAUGCAGAGACAUCAGAGCUUAUUACAAGGGCAAUGGGAGAUGUCUCUGACCGAAUUGGCCGUCCCACUGAUAAUGGACAGAUUGGCAUAAUUGAUCCAGAUUGCAGAUUGAUUGGACUUCAUCUAUAUGAUGGAUUAUUCAAGGUGAUACCAUUUGAUAACAAAGGCCAGAUGAAGGAAGCUUUUAACAUAAGGCUAGAGGAGCUUCAAGUUUUGGAUAUCAAAUUCUUAUAUGGUUGCUCAAAGCCUACCAUAGUUGUUCUUUACCAGGAUAAUAAAGAUGCCCGUCAUGUCAAAACAUAUGAAGUCUCUUUGAAAGAUAAAGAUUUCAUUGAGGGUCCAUGGUCUCAGAAUAACCUUGAUAAUGGAGCUGAUUUGCUCAUACCUGUGCCAUCACCCCUUUGUGGUGUGCUUAUUAUCGGGGAAGAAACCAUUGUAUAUUGCAGUGCCGCAGCUUUUAAAGCAAUACCCAUUAGACCUUCCAUUACAAGAGCAUAUGGAAGGGUAGAUGCUGACGGUUCUCGUUAUAUACUUGGAGACCAUAGUGGACUUCUUCAUCUACUUGUUAUAACUCAUGAAAAGGAAAAAGUUACUGGACUCAAAAGUGAGCUUUUGGGAGAAACUUCAAUUGCAUCAACAAUUUCUUACCUGGAUAAUGCUGUUGUUUAUGUUGGUUCUAGCUAUGGAGAUUCACAGCUUAUAAAGCUUAAUUUCCAGCCUGAUGCAAAAGGGUCGUAUGUAGAAGUGUUAGAAAGAUAUGUCAAUUUGGGACCAAUUGUGGAUUUCUGCGUGGUCGACAUUGAGAGGCAAGGUCAGGGUCAAGUUGUAACUUGCUCAGGUGCAUUUAAAGAUGGUUCUCUUCGCGUGGUUCGGAAUGGAAUUGGGAUUAAUGAACAGGCAUCUGUAGAACUUCAAGGUAUCAAGGGAAUGUGGUCACUUAGAUCUGCUACAGAUGAUGCAUAUGAUACAUUUUUGGUUGUGAGCUUUAUUAGUGAGACCAGAGUUUUGGCAAUGAACCUUGAGGAUGAACUGGAAGAAACUGAGAUAGAAGGUUUUAAUUCUCAAGUGCAGACUUUGUUUUGCCACGAUGCCAUCUACAACCAGCUUGUGCAGGUUACAUCGAGCUCAGUAAGAUUGGUCUGCUCUACAUCCAGAGAGCUGAAAGAUGAAUGGCACGCUCCAUCUAAUCUUUCGAUCAAUGUUGCAACUGCAAAUGACACACAGGUAUUAUUGGCUACAGGGGGUGGCCAUUUAGUUUACCUAGAAAUUGGCGAUGGAAGGUUGAUUGAAUCAAAACACGCACAGUUGGAGCAUGAUAUUUCUUGCCUGGAUAUAAAUCCAAUUGGUGAUAAUCCAAACUAUAGUCAUCUAGCUGUAGUGGGAAUGUGGACUGACAUAAGUGUUAGGAUAUAUUCUCUACCUGAACUGAGUCUCCUUAAAAAGGAGCACUUGGGAGGAGAAAUUAUUCCUCGUUCUGUUCUUCUAUGCUCCUUUGAAGGGAUAUCUUAUUUGUUAUGCGCCCUUGGAGAUGGUCAUCUCAUAAAUUUCAUUUUGGACGUGCAUAGUGGAGAGCUAGCAGAUAAAAAGAAAGUAUCUCUUGGGACUCAACCAAUAACACUUCGUACUUUCUCAUCAAAGAAUGCCACACAUGUGUUUGCUGCUUCUGAUAGGCCAACUGUCAUCUAUAGCACCAACAAGAAACUGCUUUACAGCAAUGUGAACCUUAAAGAAGUUAGCCACAUGUGUCCGUUCAACUCUGCUGCCUUUCCAGACAGCCUUGCAAUUGCAAAAGAAGGUGAACUAACAAUUGGAACCAUUGAUGACAUUCAGAAGCUACACAUUCGUUCUAUUCCGCUUGGUGAGCAUGCACGCCGUAUCUGCCAUCAAGAACAGACCCGCACAUUUGCAAUAUGUUGUUUGAAGUAUAAUCAAUCAAAUGCAGAAGAUACUGAAGUGCAUUUUAUCCGCUUGCUAGAUGACCAGACUUUUGAAAUCAUAUCAACAUACUCACUUGAUCAAUUUGAAUGUGGCUGUUCCGUACUGAGUUGCUCCUUCUCUGAUGAUAAUACUGCAUACUACUGUGUUGGAACUGCAUAUGUAAUACCUGAGGAAAAUGAACCUACAAAGGGUCGUGUACUAGUUUUUGUUGUUGAAGAUGGGAAGCUCCAGUUGAUUGCAGAGAAAGAAACCAAAGGGGCUGUAUAUUCAUUAAAUGCAUUCAACGGGAAAUUACUUGCUGCAAUAAAUCAAAAGAUUCAGUUAUACAAGUGGAUGCUCCGUGAUGACGGUACACAUGAAUUGCAGUCGGAGUGUGGCCAUCAUGGCCAUAUACUAGCCCUCUAUGUUCAAACUAGGGGAGAUUUUAUUGUUGUGGGUGAUCUGAUGAAAUCGAUUUCCCUGUUAAUGUACAAGCAUGAGGAGGGUGCUAUUGAGGAGCGGGCGCGUGAUUACAAUGCUAAUUGGAUGUCGGCCGUUGAGAUACUUGAUGACGACAUCUACCUUGGUGCCGAGAACAACUUCAACCUCUUCACGGUCCGGAAAAACAGCGAAGGCACGACGGAUGAGGAGCGGAGCCGCCUUGAUGUGGUAGGGGAAUAUCACCUUGGUGAGUUUGUUAACCGUUUCCGGCAUGGUUCUCUGGUCAUGCGGCUUCCAGAUUCAGAUGUCGGUCAGAUUCCGACAAUAAUCUUUGGGACAGUCAACGGUGUGAUCGGGCUCAUUGCCUCACUACCAUAUGAGCAGUAUGUGUUUUUGGAGAAACUCCAGAUGAAUUUAAGGAAGGUUAUAAAGGGUGUGGGAGGGCUUAGCCAUGAGCAAUGGAGGUCAUUUUAUACGGAGAAAAAGACGAUAGAUUCCAAGAACUUCUUGGAUGGAGAUCUGAUUGAAUCUUUCCUAGAUCUCAGUCGGGUUCGGAUGGAAGAGAUAUCCAAGGCGAUGGAUGUUCCUGUAGAUGAACUCAUGAAGCGAGUUGAAGAGUUGACCAGAUUGCACUGACCUCACUUCCCUUUAUCCUUCUUGUUGUAGAACUAACAAUCAUGUCCAUUCAUUUUUUUAAAAGUUAAAUUAUACUAUCUUUACCCAUCUUUGCUUUUGUAAUGUGCCGUGAGAAAUUGCAGUAUCACUUAUGAAUGUUUCUGUUUUUUCUUCUCAACUAGCUUUUGUUUUAAUACACAUAUUAGCAUUUGUCUUUAUUGUUGAAAUCCUGCUUUUACACAAAUUUCUUAAGACAAUGUGAGUACUUGCAGUUGGAAUUCGUGCUUUUACACAGUUUUCUGAACGCAGUGGGUACCAUACGUCUUGGUUGAAAUGAUUGAAUAUAUCGAGUUUGGAUUGCAAACGAACUUUUGUCCAAUGAGGGAAGUAGGCAGGAGUGG